AUGACAGACUCGCACCUGGAUGCGGGGACGGUGCGCUCAGCAGAAACUGCAGUAGCCUCGUCAGCAGCAUCGGAGGCGGGACCCUCUAGGCUGACACUGCGGUCCGACAAGCAAGACGAUGGCACCGACACAGUCGAGGAUGCUCCCGUGAUAGGAUUUUCCAUCAAAUACCAAGGCUCGAUGCUCUCCGCAAGGUUGGCCGAAGAUGAGACGGUGGGUGACCUGAAGGCGAUUCUCUUCUCGAUGACCGAUGUCCCGCCAGAAAGCCAGAAGCUGCUAGGCAUGGUCAAAGGCAAGCAGCCAAGCGAUGGCACUCUGCUAGGCACCAUUCCAUAUGCACCCGCAGCGCUAAGAGCCCGCCCCACUGCGUCCAAGGCAGAGUCUACCACCAAAGACACUGCAGCUGAAGCAGAUCAGGCAUGCAAGCUCACUGUCCAGUUCACGCUACUUGGCACACCAGAGGCCGGUCGCUUCAAAGACCAAGCCGCGCCGACUUCACUUUCAAGCGAUCAAGUAGAUGUCAACGAAGAUCUCGAUUACCUCGACCUCCCCAAAGCUGAAGAACCAAAGCUCAAGCCACACCAAGAUCCCAAAUACCGUGCAAAGCUGGAAAAGACAAUCCAGCGCUUCUCCGACUUUCCCAUCAUCAAUCCACCCAGACCCGGCAAGAAGCUGCUCGUGCUCGAUCUCGAUUAUUGCAUUGCGGACACCAAACGCUUGUUGGACCCUAACUUGCCAGCGUCUCUAGCCGCGCGACCCGGAUUGCACGAGAUGCUCAAGGCUGUCUACCCCUACUACGACAUCUGUGUAUGGUCGCAGACGUCGUGGCGCUGGCUCGAAGUCAAGCUGAUCGAACUCAACAUGCUAGGAAAUCCGGACUACAGCAUCUCGUUUGUCAUCGACCGUACACCCAUGUUCAAGAUCCAAUCGAAAGCAGGAACACACGAAGUCAAGGCACUCGAAUUUAUCUGGCGAAGGUGGCCCGAUGUCUACGGACCACACAAUACGAUCCACAUUGACGAUCUGAGCCGCAACUUUGCCAUGAACCCUCGCAACGGGCUAAAGAUCAAGCCAUACAAGGACUCGCCCAACUUCGAUACCGAGUUCAUCGGACUUCGCAGAUACCUGUUGCAAUUGGCACAUCCAAGCGUGAUCGACUUUACCAAGUACGAGCACAUGCGCAAUGCUUGGAAGCAUUUCCAAGGGCCAACGGUGUGA